AUGGUGGCUCCAAUUUCUAAUUUUGCAGCUAUGCACUUCAAGCUCCCAUCCUCAUUCCAUAACCGUGCCUCUAAAGAAGUAGCAAAAGUCUUUUGGAGUGGUAUGACGAACUCUUCCAAAAUUCAUUGGCUAUCUUGGCGGAAACUUUGCAACUCAAAGUCUCACGGGGGUCUAGGCUUUCGAUAUUCAAAUUUACAAAAUCGAGCUUUACUUGCAAAGGCGGCAUGGAGAAUGUGCAUGGACCCUGAUUCGGACUGGGCAAAGUUCACAAAAGCCCUCUACUACCUGCAUUGCGAUUUUCUUCAAGCUCGGAUUGGAAACUCUCCAUCAUGGGCAUGGAGAAGCAUUUUGGAAGACAGGGAAGCUCUGAAAUUGGGCCUCCUAUGGAAGAUAGGGCUGGGCAAUAAAGUGGAUAUAUGGCAUGACAACUGGGUGUCGUCCCUUCCUUCUUUUAAAAUCACUGAUCAAGCUCCUUUAUAUCCUACUGUUCAGAAAGUGGAGGAACUGAUAGACCAUGCAAACCAAAGAUGGAAGAAAUCUCUAAUUCGCUCAAUUUUCAGUACCCAAGUUACGAAUGCCAUCCUGUGUAAUCAAAUUCUCCUUCUCCCAACAGAAGAUCGUUUGGUGUGGGGAAUAGCAAAAAAUGGCAUCUUUUCAAUAAAGUCCACGUAUCACUUGCUUUGUAAUGUGCGAGAUACUGAAGAUAAGACUUCCACCUCUUUGACAACACCAAACAAAUGGGCUUCCACUCCAAAAGAUGUCUGGAACCUGAUUUGGAAAGUGGGUGCGACUCCUAAGAUCAAAGCAUUCCUUUGGAGAGCUGGAGCAGGCCUUAGCCACAGGGGAAGGUCUAUAUAG